UCGAGAAAUGCCUGCUCCUCCGCGUACGUUUACUUCUUCGCUCAUCCUUCCCUAACCCCCAAUCCAGUAGUUUACCCCGCCAAGAAAAGGAGGAACGGUACUCCUGGAUCUGGAUCUGCAGGGGUGGACAUUGGCAUCUCGUACAAAAAUAAUACGCUUAAACUUAUUUUUGAGAUCCCCGAGAUUGGCGAGGGUAACUUCGUCUUUUUUUGCCAAUACCGUUUUCGCUUACCAUGGCCGCAGAAGAUGCCUUCGCCUACGCGCUGAGCUCGAAUCAAGCAUGGGCUGGCUAUAAGGGCCACCAAAACCCAGACUUCUUCCCUAAGUUGGCUUCGGGACAGUCACCGGCAAUUCUGUGGCUAGGAUGCUCCGACUCCCGCUGCCCGGAGACCACGAUCCUGGGCUUGCAACCGGGCGACGUGUUCGUGCACCGCAACAUCGCCAAUAUCAUAUCGCCGACGGACAUCAAUACGUCAGCCGUCAUUGAGUACGCGGUUACGCACCUAAAGGUCAAGCAUGUGGUGCUAUGCGGACAUUCGUCGUGCGGAGGUGCUGCCGCUGCGCUGAGCGACGUUCGGGUCGGAGGCGUGCUGGACACGUGGCUGGUUCCUCUUAAGGCUAUUCGCAACGCGAACAAGGAAGAGUUAUCGUCCAUUACCGACGACAAGUUGCGCGGCGUGCGCAUCGCAGAGCUUAACGUGGAGGCCGGUAUCAAUGUUCUCAUGGCAAACCCCGCGGUGCAGGACGCUAUCGCCGAGCGGGGUCUCCAGGUUCAUGGCACGUUCUUCGACAUUGGUUCAGGUCGAAUUCGAGACCUAGGCCUCGGAACGAAGGGAGGACACAAUGGAAUUCCGGGAUUGAACGGCGAUGCCGGCGACGUGGUAAGGGGAAAGCACGCCAUGCUUGUGUUCCGAACGGACGGAGCAGGAAGUAUGCAGGCUCGCUAAAGGAUUUGUAAGGGCGGUGAUUCUCGUCGAAUUAGGGCGUUUUUACAAAAGUUGGUGUCUUGGAGGCAUCGAAUUGAAAUUGGUCAUCCAUGGAUCUCGGAACGGCGGCGGCAACUUCGACGGUAGAAGAGCAUAUUUGGCGGGCGAGUGAAAUUCAGUGAAAUUGGUGACAUUGGUGAAUAACCUAGGUAUAGUCUUACGAUACGAUACCUAGACCUUCACAGAGGGUGAGGUCCUUUCAAUGGCGGCGUUUCGAGCAAAGUGUCUACGCGGUAUUGGCACCGGCAAGCAUGGCGAUGGUAUGUACGGACGGGGUGUAUGUGCAUUUGCAGCAUUGCAUUGCUUGCGCACCCGUAUUUCUGGCGAUGAGGAUUAAGUGUUUAUUGGCUUAUGGUUUGGUUUAUUGGUCAAUGCAAUGCCUAGGCUUAGGUACUUGGUAUUCUGAGGAAUUCGAAUUCAUAUUGAAUCUUGCAUCUUCAUUUGCAUUUUCUGCAUUUGGAGAUGUUUAGAUCAAAUCAAUUUUUCUGUUUUUUGUUUUGGCUAGUGCUAGUGGAUGUCUUGUCCUUUAAUUCCGAAUUUAGAUCCCAGUCUCACUUGCUGGUUGGUUUAAGUUUGAUGGCUAAAUCUACUAAUCUGUCAUCAGUAUAUCGCCGUUUCUGUCAAAUCCAAAGUCAAUCAUCGUAAGUUGCCAAGAUUACCAAGCUUACCCCUC